AUAGAACAGCCGUGAGCCGCUCACGUUCGUCAUUGCUCCGGCUUCAGUGCUUCACACCUCACCUAGUCACCGCCCCGCCACGCCGCGGUAUUUUGUGCUGCAACAUUGGUUGAGUUGAUUCACGCAAGCCCACAAGGUCAGCCAUCAUGGUGGGGUUCAAGAAUAGAUACAUGGUGAUGGAAGUGUUUUUGGAUCCAAAUAAAGAUCUCAUGGGAAAUGACCCCAUUAUAAUCACCCAAUUCAAUUUGUCAAAAUCUAUCAAAGAUAGCAUUCUAGCAUACUUUGGAGAGUGUGGUCUAGCCUCAUCACUUAAUUCAUUUCAAGUGAAGUAUGUAAAUCCUAUUACAAAAGUGUGUAUCAUUAGAGCAUCCAGGCAAGAGUACCAAAAAGUUUGGGCUGCAAUGACCAUGAUUACAAGUAUAGGGAACUGCCCUGUGGUAUUCAACUUACUUAACCUGAGUGGAAGUAUCAAGGCAUGCAAAGAUGCUGCUUUGAAGUGUGAAGAGUCAAAGUUUGAGCAUUGCAAGUUAGUGGGUGGAAUCCAGCUUAAUGAUGACCUCAAGCAGCACAUGCAAAAUUGCCUUGAGAAGAUCAAAGUUUUGGAGCACUGAGUUUAAACAAGUGAUGGUUUGAGGUAUAUCAUUCUUUUAACCAUGUUGGGAAGUUAUAUAAGAAAUUAUUUUCAUUUUCUUUGUGUUAAGACUUAAGAGAAAGAAUAGUUUUUUUUUUCUUGAAAUAUAGCAGGGUAACAGUUGUUUGAAUAUUUGAAGUAUAAAAGCUGGCUUCUUUAUAUUUCUAGCUGUAUGUAUACUCACCUAACGUCAUACCCUAUCCUAGAAGAAGAUUGAGCAUAUUUGAAAAGAUAUGCAUUUUACUC